UCAUUCCUGUCACACUUCCCGACUCCUCCCUGGGGCAAGGAAGGGCGGGAAGUGACUGGACUAUGUGUAAUGGUGGGAGGAGGAGGGUCCGCGGCGCCAUGAUUAAAGAUCCGGCUGACCACUGGCGCUCGCCGCCGUGCCUAAAUAGAGACCGGUCCCGAGCGCCGGAGUUUUAACUUCGGCCCGGAAAUCCCCUCCUCCCAGCCCGGAGGCACAGUAAAGCCUGAGAGCGCGGAGGAGGGACUCCCAGCUCUGGGACUAAACUCAGAGAACCGGAUACUGGAGUGGGAAAAAUGGGGGCAGUGAAGAGGAGUCUUUAAGAUCUUCUCCGGACUUAGGGGGCAUGACAGUUGAGGUUCUAAGGACAGGGAGAGGGCGGGGAAGAGGGCCUGGGAACUUGGCCGAUGACAUUAGCCCCUUCCCUAUAAUCUCAAAUAAUCUUGGUACUGGGAGGGGAAUGAGAGCGGGGAUAUAAAACCUAGUUUUGUGAUAAAGGCAAGGGAGCACCAAUUGGGGCUGAGGAUGGGGUUGGGGAUCAUUCUUGCAGCAUUCACCUGGGGGAAAGAGACCCUCAGAACAUCACCAAUGGGGAGGAGGCCAAGAGGUGUCUUUAACCCAUCACUCAGAUCCCCCAAAUAAACAUUCACGAUAAAUCGACACGAAGUGUCAAUAUAAAUACCCUAGUGCUCCACCCCUUCCAGUCAGGUCGCCGCCUCCAAGGCCCCCCCCGCCAUCCGUACACACUCUACCGAGUUCUCAAUCCUUAGAAAGCCCAGUGAGAAGACCCGCGGCACAUUGAGGUUCUGGGGCCUGUGUCUUCUGAUGCCCGGCUCUGGCCCGGGGCGGGAGGGAAGGGGGUUUUCAGGUAUCGCACUCCUGGGCUGCGUGCCUCUCACCUUUAGGCAUGGGGCGCCUUGGCUGGGGAGAGACAACAGGCCCGGGGGCGGGCCCUGCGAGGUGCGCUCCUCCCAAGCUGGUAUCAAGUUUACGGAACCGAGCUGCCCGGCCGGACGCGCCGUGGCCUGACAGACGCGAGGAUUCCAUUAGCCUGACCUGGUCUGGCCUGACCCUACCCGGGCGCGCCAUGUUCGUGCGUGGGUCCCGGAGGCGACGCUCCGGGCGCGCGCCUCCAGAAACAGAGGACCCAGACCGUGGCCAGCCCUGCAACUCCUGCAGGGAGCAGUGCCCUGGCUUUCUGCUGCAUGGCUGGAGAAAGAUCUGCCAGCACUGCAAAUGCCCGCGGGAGGAGCACGCGGUGCAUGCGGUGCCUGUGGACCUGGAACGCAUCAUGUGUCGGCUAAUUUCAGACUUCCGGCGCCACUCCAUCUCUGACGACGACUCAGGCUGUGCCUCUGAGGAGUAUGCGUGGGUGCCCCCGGGCCUCAAGCCUGAGCAGGUAUACCAAUUUUUCAGCUGCCUCCCAGAGGACAAGGUUCCCUAUAUCAACAGCUCUGGGGAGAAAUAUAGGAUCAAACAGCUGCUACACCAGCUGCCACCACACGACAGUGAGGCACAAUACUGCACAGCACUGGAAGAGGAGGAAAAGAAAGAGCUCAGGGCCUUCAGCCAGCAGCGGAAGCGAGAGAAUCUGGGACGUGGCACCGUGCGCAUCUUUCCAGUGACCAUCACUGGGGCCAUCUGUGAGGAGUGUGGGAAGCAGAUUGGAGGUGGGGACAUCGCAGUGUUUGCCAGCCGUGCAGGCCUGGGUGCCUGCUGGCACCCACAGUGCUUUGUGUGUACCACGUGCCGGGAGCUGCUUGUGGACCUCAUCUACUUCUACCAUGCUGGCAAGGUCUACUGUGGUCGCCACCAUGCUGAAUGCCUGCGCCCACGCUGCCAGGCCUGUGACGAGAUCAUCUUCUCCCCUGAGUGCACAGAGGCCGAAGGCCGGCACUGGCACAUGGGUCACUUCUGCUGCUUUGAGUGUGAAGCAUCACUAGGAGGGCAGCGCUAUGUCAUGCGUCAGAGCCGACCCCACUGCUGCACCUGCUACGAGGCCCGCCACGCGGAGUACUGUGAUGGCUGUGGGGAGCAUAUCGGCCUGGACCAGGGCCAAAUGGCUUACGAGGGCCAGCACUGGCACGCCUCAGACCGAUGCUUCUGCUGCAGUUGCUGCGGGCGGGCCCUUCUGGGCCUCCCCUUCCUGCCCCGCUGUGGGCUAAUAUUCUGCUCACGUGCCUGCAGCCUCCGGUCAGAGCCCACUGCUCCGGGGCCUGGCCGCCGCAGCUGGAGCGCAGGCACGGUCUCCACACCGCUCGCGGCCUCCACAGCCUCCUCUGCUGUCGAGGGGGCGUCGGAGACAGCAACCAAAGGCACCAGCACCAAGUCAGCGCCUGCUGCAGGUCCUGAGGAGCCCACCCGUUUCCUGCGAGGGGCCCCCUACCGCCACUCCAUGCCUGAGCUGGGGCUCCGAAGUGCCCCCGAGCCACCUCACCAGCCAGACCCGCGCCUGGAGGACAAUGCGUUUGGGCGCCAGAGUGCCCCGCGCGUCAGCUUCCGCGACCCUCUGGUGUCUGAGGGAGGCCCGCGGAGGACCCUGAGUGCGCCCCCAGCCCAACGCCGCAGGCCACGCAGUCCGCCGCCCCGGACCUCCAGCCACCGCCGCCGUCAACACCACCACCAUCACCGCCGCCUUCUGGUCAGACGUAGACACCAUCAGUGUGACUUAGAACCGGGGUCGGACUCAGGAUCUUGCUCCAGCUCACCCUCCAGCCCCAGUUCUGAGUCCUCAGAGGACGACGGCUUCUUCUUAGGGGAGCGCAUCCCACUACCCCCGCACCUGUGCAGACCUGUGUCGGCUCAGGAAUCUACAACUGAGACCGACAACUCCCCACCCCCACUGCCCCUCGGGGACCCACGCCCCUGGAUUCCCCGCCAGGCCCGAGACAAGAACUGUAUAGUGGCUUGAAAUUGAGGCAGUCCUGGGUGAGGGGGUCCAUUUUGAGUCAGUGCAGAUGAGGACCCCCAGCAUGACUCAUAAGCCCCCUUCCUUCCUCCCUUGUGUUUGCAUUAUUGAAAUAAUAAUUUAAUAUUUGUUGUAAAA